AUGAGCACAGAGUGACCCAGGACUUUGUUCCGGGAAACAGCGUGUGUGCAGCGUUACAAACCUCCGGGACCGCUUUACUGCCAAAAUAUUAAUAUUUAGUAACGUCUGCUGUCGGCCUCGCGAUGGUGAAACUAUCUGCGGAGCUAAUUGAGCAGGCAGCUCAGUAUACGAACCCUGUGAGAGACAGAGAGCUGGAUUUAAGAGGUUAUAAAAUCCCAGUGCUGGAAAACCUCGGAGCGACUCUGGACCAGUUUGACACCAUCGACUUCUCUGAUAAUGAAGUCCGAAAACUGGACGGCUUCCCUCUGCUCAAAAGACUGAAAACGUUACUAAUGAACAACAACAGGAUUUGUCGUAUAGGUGAGAAUCUGGAGCACUCCCUGCCGGGUCUGACAGAACUGGUUCUCACAAACAACAACAUUCAGGAGCUGGGUGACUUGGACCCUCUGGCCUCAGUGAAGACGUUGAACCUUCUCAGCUUGUUAAGGAAUCCAGUGACAAACAAGAAGCAUUACAGGCUCUACGUCAUCAACAAAAUCCCACAGAUCCGUGUGCUUGACUUCCAGAAGGUAAAGCUCAAGGAACGCCAGGAGGCAGAGAAAAUGUUCAAAGGCAAACGAGGUGCUCAACUUGCAAAGGAUAUUGCCAGGCGAACGAAAACGUUCACUCCGGGAGCGGCGGCACAGCUUGAGAAGAAGAGGACGGGGCCAUCUCAGGCUGACGUGGAAGCCAUCAAGAAUGCCAUCGCUAACGCCUCAUCGCUGGCAGAGGUGGAGCGGUUGAAAGGAAUGCUACAGGCUGGUCAGAUCCCAGGACGAGAGCUGAGACAAGGUGCAGCUGGGAUGGUGGAGGAAGAGGAGGAAGAGGAGGAGGGUGAGGCUGCACAGAUGCCGAUGGGGUCACAUAUGGGUGGAGCUUCUGGAGAGGAAAUGAUUGAGGGUGAACAAGAGGAGGACGAAGAAGACAUGGAGGAAGAGCCUCCUGUGAAUGGCUCCUGAGAACCUGGAUGAUUUUUUGUUUUUUUUUAUUUCUGUGUUGUAAUUUCUUGCGUUGGAUGUCCGUCUAGCAGGGCUUUUUUAUUUUGUAAAAUGACAUUCAUUAAACUGAAUUCUUAUA